AUGAGCAAGGGAGACAAUACCACCUUGACCACCACCACCACAGCUGAUGACCACAACUCCGACCACCAAGGCAGUCCAAAGAGCUCGACACUCAUCAUCGCCGGGUACACAUGCAUCGGAAAGACGACCUUCACGAACAAGAAGGAGCUGUGGAGAGACCUCGGCGUGUCUGAGGUCGUAGACUUGGACUCGAGCACGUACAGCCGGGAGCCAGAUUUCCCACACAACUACCUCAAGGCUAUACGACAAAAAGCAGACGAGGACGGAGUCCGCGUGGUCCUGGUCGCGACGUUCCCCGGCGUCGCUACCAAAUUGAAGGAGGAAGGGUACUACGUCGCGCAGAUCUACCCGCAGAAAGACUCAAAAGAGCAGUGGCUGCAGAGGUUAGAGGCCCGCGAGAAGGAGGGCAAAGAGUCGCGGCUCUAUAAGCUGGUCGAGAAGAACUGGGAUAUUUGGUUUGACGAUAUGGGCAGGAGGGACGUGUCGAAAUCGGUCACGGUCUGCUCAGAGGAUUACUUGAGUACUGUCAUUGGCGAAAUAUGUCGGGCGUUCAUGGAGUCACGAAAAGACCCGAGGCCAACUCGGGAAGAAAUAUGA